GUUUUUGGGCUUCUGACAGAGCGAAGGCAACGCAGAGUGAAGGGUCCUCAAGCGGCUCCUUUCCCUCACUCAUCGCCUCCGUCCGACCGGCCCUUCUCGUGGUGAGUUGCCUCGCCCCCUCGGUCAAUUCGCGAUGCACAAGUACCGGCUUAUAUCCAAGAAGGGCGAGGGCACUUUCUCUGAGGUGCUCAAGGCGCAGAGCAUCAAGACGGGUCGGUACGUCGCCAUCAAGUGCAUGAAGAACCAGUUCGAGAACCUCGACCAGGUCAACAGCCUUCGGGAGAUUCAGGCCCUCCGCCGGCUGUCCCCCCACGCGCAUAUAGUCAAGCUGCACGAGGUGCUCUACGACGAGCCCACGGGGCGGCUGGCGCUGGUGUUCGAGCUAAUGGAGAUGAACAUGUACGAGGCCAUUCGGGGCCGGCGGCACUAUCUGCCGGAGAGCAAGGUCAAGUACUACAUGUGGCAGCUCAUCAAGGCCAUGGACCACAUGCACCGCAACGGCAUCUUCCACCGAGACAUCAAACCUGAGAACAUCCUCAUACUCGAGGACACGCUCAAACUCGCCGACUUCGGCUCGUGUCGCGGCAUUUGGUCCAAGCAGCCGUACACCGAGUACAUCAGCACGAGAUGGUACCGCGCGCCGGAGUGUUUGCUGACCGACGGGUAUUACAACUAUAAGAUGGACAUGUGGGGGGUCGGCUGCGUGCUCUUCGAGAUCAUGGCGCUCUUCCCGCUCUUCCCGGGCACCAACGAGCUCGACCAAAUACAGAAGAUACACAAUGUCCUCGGUGCGUCAGCAGCAGGGACAGAAGCACAUAGAGAGGGGCCACACAGCAUCGUGUCUCAUGUGGAUGGAUCGAUGGAUGCAGGGACUCCGCAUCAGGACGUGUUGAACAAGUUCAAGGCCAAGGCGUCUCAUCUGGAUUUCAACUUCCCGUCAAAGGACGGCACGGGCAUCGCCCGACAUCUGCCGCAGGCCAGCCCGGAGUGCAUCGAGAUUCUCACCCGGCUGCUGGCGUAUAACCCCGAUGAGCGCAUCAGCGCCAGACAGGCGCUCAAACACCCGUAUUUCAAAGAUCUGCGGUGAGGAGACACAGAAGAGGGAAGGGAGACAGGAACAUUGACAUGCAAUCCAUCUGUGUCUCUUGUAUUCUCCGUGUUUUCAGUGAUGCAGAGAAGGCUGCUCUCGGGCACAUGGAUCCCUCCUCUCUCCACCGGUCGUCGCGCACAGACAAGCAAUCCUCCCACUCGUCGGCCCACCCUUCCCCGGGCAAGGCCUCGUCCAAACACACCGCCGAGAGCAAGAACACCGACACCCACCACGAGGACAGCACCAAGAAGGGACACCACGACAGCACAUCGACAAGCGACUCUCCCUCCCUGCUGCCGGACAUCAAGCGCAAACAGGCGGCCGGGGGCGCGUUGCCGCUGCACGAGAACAUCCCAUCUCCCGUCCCACCACACGAGCCGACGCACCACAAGACAGCGUCGUCACGGAGUGGGGGUCAGGAGACUAUCAACACGGUGCUGGCGGAGACCCAGAGCAGCGCAUUGUCGAGAGCAGGGGAGAAGGAGGAGGACGGGUCGACCAUUCUGCCGCCGAUCGGCCAUGGCGGCAAGGGACAUGUGGUGACAAUGCCUGUGGGUCAGGGGGGGCUGGGUGUGAGUGGCCAUGCGGCCACGGUCAAGCUGCCCACUGGUGCGUGGAAAGGGCACAAGGCCAUGAGGGGCAAGGGGCAUGGAGGACACCAACACGGUGAGCGAAACCGCACCACAAAACAGAUGGAUCGACCACGAGGCACAUGUCUCCUUGUUGCUUGUGGUCAGGUUCCAAUCUGGGCAGCACGGCCACAUCCACUUUCUCUGUCCGCAGUGGUGCAGCGCUCCAAUCAACCUCCCCCAACCAUCCCUCCAACUACAAAAAAGGCCCCAUCCACCAGCAGCAUCAACAGCAGCAGCAGCCGUCCCACCAGCAGCCCACCUACUCACACCAGCAGCUUCAGCUUUCGCCCGAGAGCAGCAAGAAGCAGCAACAGAUUCAGCUGUCGCCAGAGGGGGGCAAGCCGCAGGUUGGCACCAAGAGAGUGCACAAGGACCACCACAGAGACAGAGAUAGAGACAGAGAGAGGGAUCGGGAGAGGGAAAGGGAGAAGGAUUCGUAUUACCAUUCGCCUUAUGCGGUGUAUGCCACCAAGCCGAAGAGAGAGAGGCUGGUGGAGUGACUAUGAUGGUGGCUGCUUGGUUGUUUGGUGGGGGGUCGAUCGAUGGAUGGAUGGAUGGAUGUAUAUGUGUGUGGCGGACACUUUGACUCUAGUGCGUAACCAUAUAUGCAUAUCAAGG